AUGCGUCUCUCUUUUGCCCUUCCAGCACUCCUUCUCACUCCUUUCGCCCAAGCGGCAACCACUGCGGUCAAGACUACUUCUUGCUCCGCCACCGAUCUUAAGACCUUCAAUGGAGAUGUCAAGUAUGGUGCAGCAUUCUGCGAGUUCUGGCUCAUCAUCAGCCGUAACACGUCGCCUCUUCCCGAUCUCGCUGCCAGCUCUCUUACAAACGUCUGCAAGUGUGUUGUUAGCAGCCAAUCUUCAGCCAGCAGCACAUCUACCCAUUCCGUAGUCAGAGGAGCAAAGCUUAUCUCGACAUCGUCAAGAUCUACUACCAGCAAGAAGAGCACUGCAAAGGUCUCGAAAAGGGCUGUUACCACCAGUAAGACGACUAGCACAAAGCUCGUUUGUGUCAGCCAGGACCUCGCUGCUGUCAAGGAUGAUAUCACGCACACUACUCCGUUCUGUAGUUGGUGGGCUGCAGACACAAGGACUAAUUCGCCCAUCCCCGGUUUGUCCGCAUCCCAGGUGACAAAUGCAUGUAAAUGCAUCUUGAGCUCGGCAACAAGCACAUCAAGCACCAAGUCAUCAGCUGUCAAGACCACUUCAACCGCGGCAAAGUCUUCAUCAAAAUCCUCCUCCAAGUCUUCGGUGUCAUCUUCCACAAAAAUCUCGAGCACUUCCAGCAGGGUUUCAUCUUCUAGUGUCAAGAGCUCGAGUACCAAGGCCUCCGCUACGGCAACACGUGGCCAGGUUUCCUCCUCAGCCGCAAAAAGCUCGUCAUCAAAAGCCGCCAGCUCUUCAUCGAAAGUCUCAUCCAGUGUUUCUGCUGCACAUCCUAGCUCAUCGAGCUCAACGUCUAAGCUGGUCUCGUCCAGUAUCACCAAAACAAGAGGAGUAGUCGCCAAGUCUUCUUCGAUCGUCUUGUCGUCGAGUGUAGCAACUGGUACCGGAUCGAUCGCCGCCGAUGAUCAGGCUUCUUCAUCGCAAAGCAGUCAAUCCUCCUCGCCGCUUGCAAGCAGUCAAUCAUCCUCGUCAUCGACUAGCUCAAAGCCAAUUGUGACUCGCACUAGAGGUAUGGCAGGUGUGCCAGGCACGAAGCCUACAACCUCUGCUACUACUGAGUCAGUCGUACAAUCGCAAGCGGCAUCGAGCAGCUCGUCUGCGAACGCACCUGGGUCUUCGGGCUCCAGUCUUAACGCUCCGGGAUCCACUGGAAGUGUAUCUGUCAGUUCUGGCUUGCAAUCAUCUUCGUCUUCUUCCCAGGCGGCAGUGACCACUAGUUCAUCGACAACCACCCAGCCUCGUAUCCGUGGUAGCAAGGUUCCUAUUGAUAACGUAUCGACAGAUCCGGUAUCUGCAGCACAAACCACAUCUGCCGGUUCCCCAAGCCAGGCUGCCUCGAUCUCUCAAGCUAUUUCUGCCUCGACUCAGUCUUCUUCUAUAUCUCAAUCCUUGUCUGUCUCCUCUCAGGCCUCCUCAUCCCAGGUCUCCACAUCUUCAGCUCAGAUCACUUCCGCCUCCCAGGUAUCUUCGUCCGCAUCUCCCGCGGCUGUAUCGUCUUCCGCCAGUGCAAGAGCUUCAUCCGUCCCUGAAAGUUUCUUUGUCUACAUGACUACAUCGUCUUCGAAGCUUCAAAACAAGAACGGAAACAGCACGACGAACGACAAUGGUGUCCUUGGCUUUGACCUCGGAGACUCUGCAACUGUGCAACAGUUCAGCUUCGAUCCAUCCACCAACCACAUUAUGUUCGGCAACUAUGUAAUGUCUGUUUCUAAGAAGCACACCAUCACUUCCGAUGAAGCUGGUAACACUGCGACCUACUACAAUGUCUUCGAAAGCACACCUAACAGCGACGACUCUGUCCCUUUGACUUGCUCGUUCGAUACUGAGCUAGGUAUGACUUGUUCUGCACAAAUGGAUGGUCAGAGCCUCGUCCAGAUGGCGGUCGUCGAUUUCAAUGGAUCCUCCUUCCUUGUGAUGCGCGCAGCUUCUGUGCCGGCUAACGACCUGGACACGACUGAUGUCAACUUGUAUGCUGCUCCACAAGCUACGAGCUCCUCAUCAGGAUCGACCUUCUCAAGCACUGUGUCAAACAGUGCCAGCUUGUUGGCCUCUUCAUCAGUCAUCUCUUCUUCAGCUGUCAGCUCGAGCUCACAGCCUGUUGCCAGUAGCUCGAGUGCUUCGGUAUCGCAGGUUCAAAGCUCGACCGGCGUUUCGAGCGUUCCUCAAGUGGCUUCUAGUAAUGAGAGUGUUGUUUCGGCCUCGCCUUCCGACUCAUCGGUAUCUGCUAGUAGCACUUCGGUUGCUAUUCUCAGCUCCAGUUCAUCGGCUGCCACAGAUUCAGGAUCCCUGCCUGUCGCCUCCGGCUCUGCCAUAUACAGCCCCAGCCCCGUCGUCAGUGAGAGUGCGACAAGCUCGACCGAUUCUGUAUUUGGUUCGUCCACUGCCACUAGCCAAGCAAAUUCAUCGGCUGCCUUGCUCCCAACCGAAACAGCAAACGAAAGCACUGCAGCAAGCUCCCAGACCAGUUCCGAAACCUUGUUCAACAGCGCAACGCCUACUCCCGAGAGCCGAGCUGUUGGCGUCUAUGCUUCUCACUCGGACACUUCGGCUGACAGUACUGCUCUGCAAAGCAACGGCUCUCUCUCAGGCUUCAAUUGGGAUUGGCAAGCCACUCAGCUGAGUGUCAACAGCAUGGGCUGGCUGGUGGACUCGGACGGCAACUCCAAAGUGUUCCAGGUCGACGACGACACGCCUUUAGAUAUGAGUUCAGGCCCUGUCAUCACACUGUCUGACAAUCAAGUCCCAGGCUACGCCUACCUUGGCCCCUGCAGUGUCGACUCUGAUGGAUAUUUGACAUGUAAGGCUACCACAUCGGACGCCAGCACUGACAUCGAGUUCUUCCUUGUCGCUGGAGAAAUGGCUGACUCGUGGAUCUUGUAUGCUGGUUUCCAUGAUCUCAGCCAUCGUGAAGUUGACCUGCAAUUGAUCGCACCGUCCAGCGCAUCUUCAUCUUCCACAGUUCUUGCCGCAGCGACGUCUACUUCGAGCCUUAGUGCAUCAGUUUCUGGGGCUUUGACCACUGAGUCCUCUGCAAGCCCUACUGCCAAUGUCUCAACCAGCUCGCAAGACGCUGUGGCCAGCCCCACCAGCCUGCAGACGGUCGAAGGCACCACGAGCAGCUCUCAAGAUAUCGAAAGCAUUUCUACUGAUGCCGCACUGUCUAGCACGAGUGCUCAGGCUACCACUGUUCAGUCUGUUGAUGCUUCUCAGACAGUCAGUUCCGAAACCAUUUCUGCUACCUUGUCGGACAUCGCUUCCCAAACACCUGAAGCCACUUCGGACAUGAGCUCCUCCGCCUCCUCUGUAGACGCUUCGCAGACUGGUGUGUCAUCUUCUACAAGCGAUAGCCAAGCUGCAAGUGCCACUGGUGUAGUUUCCAGAUUUUAUCUCUACGCUACCAACUCAUCGUCAUCUGCCGAUGAGACCAGUCUCGAAACCGAGUACAACUCUGGUUUCGUAGGUUUCAACAUGGCUAACAGUACCUACGACAUCCGCAACUACACCUUGGACUCAUCAUCUGGUCACGUUUACGAUGGCGAGACCUCGAGUAUGUUGGCAGUGUGGCCCGGACACGGAAACAAUGUCAUGCUAGCAUCGUCUGAGGACAUCGAGACCAACAGCUAUAUCCCUGUCGUUUGCGUGGUCAACGCUGAUGAGACCUUGUCUUGCUCUUACCAGCAGGGUGGUGCUACUUUCUCAGGAUUCUACAUGGACACCAAAGGCUCCGGCCAGUACCUGAACAUUGGAGCGGAGUCCAACUCUGGCUCAGCCGCAUCGUCUACAGACGGAGUUGCUGGCUACCAGGGCAACUCUUCCUAUGCCACCCCGACUACUCAGAGCGCCUCCACUGCAGGCUCGCCUACUUCAUCGUCAUCGGGCUCGUACCAGACUGUAGUCUUGAGACUUUCCUCGCAGCCAAUGACCGUGCAGAGCUCGUCUUUGACAGCGACUCAGACCUCGACCGAGUCGUCAUCGACCUCAUCGAGCGAGUCCAGCUCAAAUAUCACCAGUGACCUACAGACAGAGUCCACCUCCUUCUCACCGUCUGCUAGUGAUGCAACAAUCAGUUCCUCUGACAUGGCGAGCAGCAGUGCAACCGUCCAGAAUACCUCCACCACUUCGGUACCCACUACAGACUCUACCGCUGUUCCGUUCAACAUCAGAGACGACGGCAACAACUUUGUUGCCGUCUCUUCUGGACAGGAUGGUGUCAGUACGUUCGUUGUGGACCAAGACUUGGCCACAUCGUUCUACAUCGACCAAACCACUGGUUACCUUGUUGAGUCGGGCCUGAACACCACCUAUGCUGCCAAUCGCAAUCCUAACGAUACUCCCGAGGUCGUCUACUUCAGUACCGUCAUUGAUUCUCACGAUUAUAUCUCUUGCACACAGAUUGAGCAAUCGGGUACGCUGGAGUGCAAGUCCAACAAUGUCGUUCAGCAGGCAAUGACUUGUGGCAACGAUGGCAAGCUCUACUUUGCACCCCAAAUUCCUCCUCAAUGCUACGGGUUCCCUCUGUUCUACCUGCCUGUCUCGAGUAUCAACCAGAACACCGCUAGUGCUACAGCUGUCUUGAGCAACAGCGCUCCUGCGAGUGUCUCGGCUUCAGCCACCAGCGAUUCGUCGCUGCCUGUGCAAUCAGCUAGCGAGACUGCCACCUCAAGUGACUCGAAGUCGGGUGCCGAUGCGAGCAGCACUUUGGUGACUGCCUCCAGUUCCGCUGAAGCUAGUACUCAGUCGUCUUCGGAUGUUUCAAUGACCACAAGUUCCGACUCAGCAGCCGCUACCUCUGCAGACGUCUCGUCGAGCGCCCAAGUCUCUCAGAGCUCAUCAUCCACAGGUGUCUCUUCGACCGACUUGUCUACAUCUGACGCAUCAUCAUCUGCGACUGACGUGUCGACUAACGACAGCGCCACUUCGUCUACUACUGACGCCUCGUUGACACAGUCGUCGUCCGUCGAGAGCACUGCUUCUUCAAGCUUAGCAUCAGCAGUCCCGACUCAGGUCCUGCAAGUCUCGUCGACUCAGUCUUCUUCGACCGACGCUGGAACAUCCUCGAGCAGCGUUUCAUCUUCUGACUCUGUCUCUAGCCAGAGCGCCACCAUUGCAUCAAGCUCUGGUGCUUACCAGACCACCGACUCGAGCUCGAGCAACGUUCCUGUGGCAUCGAGCACAGCUACCGACUCGCAGAGCAGUACUGUUUCGAGCCAGCUCACCUCCACAAGCGACUCGUCCGUCAUCGACCAGUCGACACCUACCACAACCGAUAACGUCGCAUCAAGCACAGCUUCUGCAACAAGCACCGGGCUCCCUAUGGCCUCUCUUUGUCCUUCUUCUGAUGGACAGAACGUUACGGAUGCUUACAGUAACAACUACACUGUUCACUGCUUCUCUGACUCUACCGUUACCUCGUACUCGUCUGCCCAAGCUGCGGUCAACUAUCUUGACUGUAUGACUGCUUGUGACGAUGCUUCGGCAAGCGGCUGCACGGGCUUCACAUACGUCGGUGGGGAGAAUGGUGACGCUAGCGGCAUCUGUUAUCUCAAGACUUCAUCUGGUAGCUUCACCACAGCCGGUGCCAACUACAUCUCUGGUCAGUUGUCAUCUGUCAACGCCACCAGAUCUGGAAAUGCCGCUGGUGGGAGCUCGUCCAGUGCUCUCAGCAGCCCUAAUUCAGCAACCUUCUCCACGAUUGUAUCUUCUGAUGUCACUAGCAUUCAAUCCGCAAGCUCGACCAUGCCUACGGCAUCUUCAUCAGCUUCAGAUGUAUCCACCUUGGCUAGCGUCUACAGCAGCACUGUUGACUCAAGCGGUACAUCAUUGACACUCUCAGUCAGCAGUGGUCCGGUCAGUACAUCAGCAUCGACCACUAGCAGCUCGGAUGCUCAAGCUACGUCCACGGCUGUAGACUUCAACGGUAACCACGCGUCUGUCUCUGCUCUUACCUCCGAUCAGAGCAGUCUCUCGUCCUCAGCUGUUACAAGCGCAAGUUCCACAGUAUCAAGUGCUGCCAGCGUUUCUUCGAGCACCAUGGCUUCGACUUCAGAUAGCUCAUACUCUGUUGGCAUGCCUAGUCCCUCUUGGGCAUCUUCGUCUUCGAGCAGUCAGAGCGCAAGUCCUUCGUCAGACUCGCCUAGCACGAGUGCUGCUACUUCUUCGACUCUUGCCAGCCAGAGUUCUAGCAGUUCUUCGGUUGAUUCUAGUCAGAGUAUGACCUCGUCAAUUCUCUCUAGCCAGAGUCCUAGUGCUUCUUCGACUGCCUCUAGUCAAAGCGUUGUCUCGUCAUCUAGUGUCAUUUCCUCGACUAGUACCGCCAGUGUUCUUUCGAGCAGUACUCAGGGCUCCUCAUCCGGCAGUACUCAAGGCUUCCCAUCCAGCAUGAGCCCUUCUGCAUCGUCUUCGCUAUCUAGCAGCAUGACCAGCUCCUCAGCCGUCUCGAGUAGUGCAUCAAGUGCUUCGUCAUCAAGCAUUUCUGCUAGCCAAAGCUCGACCGUCAGCUCUGUGUUCUCGAGCUCAGCUGUUAUAACCCCCAGCAGUACUUCCGCAAGUGCAAGUCCCUCGGUAUCGACUCAGGCAAGCACUAGCUCUUACAACUCCCAAUCAGCCGCCAAGUCCAUUAUCGAGGAGUCAAGCUACCAGCCUUUCUGUUCGACAUAUCUCGGAUACAGUUCUUCGACUCAGACUGUCACGUCAACCAGCACAGUCCAGGUUGUCGCUACCGCGACGACUACGACCACUUCUCUCAUCGCUCAGACCAAGCAAUACAGGAAGCGUGAUGUUGAGACACCGAGCGCUACUUGCGAUUGUGAAAUGCACACCCACGAGCUCAGAACUACCAGCUCUGCAGAUGCUGUCUCCACGACCGUCCUCCGUCGCAGAAGUGGAUCUUACGCAGACACAGCGACGACCCAACUGCAGCGUCGCGCCACUACAUCCGCUUCAAACACUACGCCCACCCCUCUCAGGACAUUCUCGUCGACUGAUCUCAGCUCGGCAUGUAGUUCAGAAGUCACGUCCCCUGCAGUCUCGACAACUACUCAGAUGAGCACAGUCACUCAAUCGACAACCUCCACACUCACCCAGACGGUCACCUCUACCACAGUAAUUUCCGUGGCAUCGAGUGCUCCUACUGGUGUGGUCGGCUACAUGUCUUUCAGAAAUCCUGUCAACCCUGGUGGUCAAUACGCUCUGUCCGAUCCCGCUACUCACAUGACGGAUAACUACUAUGCCAACAGCACUCGUGAGAGUUUCAUCAUCACCAACACCAGUCAGCUUUACUCUGUCACACACAACGCCUACUACUAUUACCAGACAGCUGCUGGAGCCGACAAACUUUAUUGGGACUCGAAAAACACUACAGGAUCCACCAACUGGGUCGCUGGUAAUACUACUUCAGAUGGAUACACACAACUUUUGAUGGUCGAUACCCGCUACACCGCAAAGACAUACUACAAGUUCUGUUUGGCCAAGCUUGGAACCAACGAUGCCAAUUCUGCUACUGGCUACCACGUCUACUACUACAACAGUACUGCAGUAUUGCCGUCGACCUGUGGUGCCACACAACUUUGGUUUGCACCUUCCUAG